CGUCUGUACCAAUAUUAAGGCUCAAAGUAAAAGCUUUAAACCCUAAAACGGCUAAAACCUUCGUCUUCAAUCUUCUCCCAUCUCUUAAUUACAUGACACGCGUCAAAGUCCAACAAACUCUCUAAGAUUUCGAUUAUAUAUACAUACUCCCCACAAAUAUUCUCCCCCCUCCCACAAAAUCAAACCAAAUCACUCGGCCGUUUUUACCCCAAAAUUCUGCAUCAAACACAAUCACAAUUCAGCAGAAACAUUAGAAGAAAAAUCAAAUGACAACAACAUCGUCGGAAAAUCACACAAAUAAUACCAUGAAUAAUAAUGGUGGAUUAGCAGCAGCAAAGAAUGAGUUUAAUAAAGAUGAAAUUGAAGUGGGUAAUCUUUUACUUGACUUACCAUAUUUGACUACUAAUUCUCUCUCCUCUUACCGGUUUCCUUACCAUUGGACCACCAAAAAACUACGCACUGCACUAGUGUCUCCUCCUCCUCCUCCUCCUCCUCCUCCGUCUCACCGGAAACUUGCUACUCCGGUUAAAACUGAAGCUGCUACAAGUCCUAACACUCCUCUCUCUUUCUCCCCUUCACUUAGUGAGUCUGAUUCCAAAUUCAACCACUCUGCUAAAAGAAAAACCCCAUCUCUCAAUUUGAGAAAAGUAGAAUUGGAAAAAAGUUUAAGAGAGAGAAUGUUUACUCAACAACAACUCAAUGAGUCGCUUAUCAAGGUGAAGGAGUAUAUCAACGUCCUAACUACUGAAAAUCUCGAGUUAUUGACCAGAAAACAGGAGCUACUCGGUGAGAAGAGAGAGAAAAUUGAGUUGGGUUGUACCACUCAAACACAUCGACAAAAACUAAAAAUUUCGGUCAAUGAUCGGGUACAUGCGGUUCCAUCAACAUCUAUGGAGUUGCACCAUCAACCACCGUUGAUUUCUCCUCAACAAAGACACGACGAUGUCAGUGAUACUGUAUAUGUGGGUCUUAGUCCCAAGGUAGGAGUGGUCAAUGAUCCAAUGUGCGGGAAAACACCGAAUACCACACAGGUGCUUCAUUCACCACCGUUGAUUAUUAAUCAACAGCAUGGGUUAAUCAUCAAUCAAGUGGAUCAAAUUCAUCAUCGCAACCAACAAGGACCAGUUAUGAUUGAUCUUAAUAUAACACCAGAUGAAACGAAAGCUAUGGCAGCAGCUGCUGCUAGAAAUAAUAGAUAUCGUGUUAAUAAGGAGAAGAGGACACGUGUCAAAAGUUGAGAAGAACGAUCAUGAGAUAAAUAGACUACUAAUACUAUAGUGUAGUGCUAAUCAUAUCAUUUAUUGGAAAGUUUGUGUAAUCUAAAUCAUUUUAGGGGGCGUUUGGUUCAUAUAAUAGUAUGGGUUUGGAAUCAAGAAUGAAACCGAGGUGGUAUGGGUUUGGAACUUGAUACUUAAUACCUUGUGUUUGGUUUGAUUUAGGAAUGAAAAUUCUUCUUUUAUUUGAUACCUAGAGGUAAGGUAUGAGCCAUACCCACCUCCCCCCAUGGGUUUCUAAACCCCAUACCUUAUGGGUUUGAGGUAUGGGUUUAAAAUUUAGAAAUAAGUUAAACAAACACUAAGUAUGGGUUUUGUUCAUUCCAAACCCAUACCUCAUACCUAAAACUAGUGAACCAAACACCCCCUUAGGGUUUUUCUAUAGGAUACCAUUGUAUAAUUGAUUUUUCUACCGUGCACAUUAUUAGUAUCUAACUAGUAUUUCGACUCGAGUA